AUGUAAAUGGGUCUGAUAGUACUGUAUUAUUUAUGGAUUUAUCGACACUUUCCACGGGAAAUCCCGGCCCCGAAAGUAAUACGAUGGAGAGGCUUAUGAUCACUGUUGAUAUCAACUCAAAAGUAGCUCUUGCCAUCAAGAUGGUACUUUCUGGUAUAGGACCACCAACCCAUAGCAGACCAGGGGAUCUUGAUGUCAGCAUAAUAGUGAUUAUGAUAGAUUCAUCAGUACAGAGUACAAGGUAUAUGAAUAUGAAGUUUAGACCAUUCAUGCUGAUGAUGAUUCAACUACUGCAGCUCGACGGAAGAAUGAUUUUCCACCCCUUCCAACAAAGAGCAGGACAAGAAUCGCUUGUUGAAAAUAAACUAACAUAGUCAAUAGACUACUUUUCUUUGUCAGCUUUAUAUUACAGGGUACAUGUAUCUCUUGAUUGAGUGUUACGUUUAAAGUGGAAACUAAUCACUCCACAUAUAGAUUUUUUUCCAUUUUUCAUAUUUAAUCUACCCUGUUUUAUGUCUGGUGUGGUAAUAGAUCACUCCACAUGCAGCCUUUCAUGUUUAAUGUACUAUGUUAUGUUUUGUAUAUGUCAGUUGCAGUAUUACACUGCUGUAGAGUGUAGAUUAUUCUUUUUUAAAAAAAUGUAUGCAUAAUUUAAUGUCGACUUGUGAUGUCGGGUUCAGUAAUAGGCCAAUCAACAGAUAUUCUCUAUUAUGCAUAAUCUACACUGUGAGUGUUUUUCAGGCUUUUUAAUAAGCUGCUCCAAAUAUUCAUGUAGAAUCUUUUUUUUUUUUUAACUUUUUAUAUGAAAUGUCCUGCAUCAAGUGUUUUGUCCCAGUGCAGCAUUGUCAUUUUGUUUUUAAUUUUUAGGUAUAGUUUAUGUAAUUUUAUGUCUCAGGUCAAGGACAGUUUUAGACUAAGCCCAUUUCAUGUUUUUUUUUCUCUGUUUAGCGUCCAACCUUCAAUCAAAAACCUACCUACAUGUACCUAUUUGUAAAUAAAAAUAUAGCCUAAAAAAUAAAACACAGAAUGUACGUGUAUCAUGUCGAUAGUUAUAAUAAUAGUGUAAAUCUGAGGAUUUUAUUUCAUGAAUCAUCAAUCUGCUUUUCUGGCAGAAAUAUCUAUUCUUCAGCAAAAUCAAAAUAAUAGAUUUAAAUGCCUAAAGUACACUACCUAUGACAUAUUUAUUGUACAUAUUUGAGAAAUUGACAGAACUCAAAGAUGUCAACAAAAGUAAUCAAGUGUAUGGGUUCUGAUUUUGUUUGAUUGUCUGAUACAUGUAGGUGUCAAAAACCAAGGUGCGAUUGAAUGCCAAACAGAAAAAGACUUGGAAUGGCCUAUUAAAUGUUAUUAUCCUACCUGCUCAUGGAAUAAAAUGACUUUUGAUCAAUUUGAAAGAGUACUGAUCAUAUUUUUUAAAUGAUAUUCUUAUUAUUCUAUGAAAUAGAAAUUUGUGAAUUUUGCAGUGCUAUGUCAGAUGGAUUUCUUUAUUCUGUAUGACCAAAAUGUAUUUUUUGACAAAUUAAGUAGAAUACAUUUGACAUGUUAAUAAUUAGGGGGAUCUUUGA